GCUGCCUUUCUUUGCACGGGCGUCUCGGGGAGGCUUUUACACACGCGCGCUUACAUAAAGGCGCGCGAUUAUGCAAUUGCAUUGUUAUCGGCGUUGCGAGAGCAAUGGCUCCUUUUCUUAGCGUUUCUACACGAGGGGGUUUUGCAGUUUUUAAAAAUACGGGCGUUGAGCAUAAUACCUGGGAACGUGAAGAACGUUAUUUUUGCACAAUGUUGCCUGAAAGCAUGGAAUUGCAUCGAUGGAAAAUGGGAGAAAUAACGGCUAGUUCCAUUUUAAGUGCAGUUUAAGGAACUUGAGUGUGAAGCUUUAAAUAAUUGCCAGUUGUGCAAACACAAAGCAAGGGCUGUUAUUUUUGUCAUGAAGCAUUUCUUUUUUAAAAAAAAAAAUUACGCUUUUGACUCUCACAGACUCCUUAGAGUCAGGGUUAUUUCUACUUGCAGGUAGAAUGUUCAGUUUUCUGAUUAUCCAUCCUGAUUGUUGCAUUUCUGGGUCAUAAUUAUGCAGCAAAGACCUGUAUUAGACAGAUACAGUGAAAAAAUAAAUUUUACAUUUCAAAUAAGCUAAUAGACUAAAGAGCUAAUAUAAAAAGUGCAGAGACUUUGCUAUGAGGCAAACCAUGUUAACGGGCCAGGUCUGUCCACUAUACUUUGUGGUUUUGAAAAAAGAACAUUUUGAGAGCCUUCACCUAAUUAAAAUUUGUUCCCAGUUGACUCUUCCAGAAAGACUCUAAAGCGUUUUAUUUUCUUCUAAGUCAAGCUCUUCUCUUUUCUGGAUCACAAAUCUUUGGUAACUUUGGCCUUGGUGCCCCUUUGUGGUAAUAAGAUGUUCUAUUUCAUAAGACUUAUCAAUGUAAGGGGAAGAAUGAGGAAGAUCUUUAACAGCAUUAUAACCAUCAGAGUAGGGGAGGAAAGAAUGGAAAUGAUUUCUGAAAGAUCAAAAGAGUGUGUGUACUCCUGGAACAAAACUGCAGAGAAAAGUGAUUUUGAAGCUGUAGAAGCACUUAUGUCAAUGAGCUGCAGUUGGAAGUCAGAUUUUAAGAAAUACAUUGAAAACAGACCUGUUACUCCGGUGUCUGAUAUGUCAGAGGAGGAGAAUCUGCUUCCUGGUACACCGGAUUUUCAUUCGAUCCCAGCAUUUUGUCUGACUCCACCUUACAGUCCCUCUGAUUUUGAACCCUCUCAAAUGUCAAAUUUGAUGGCACCAGCGCCAUCUACCGGACACUUCAAAUCUUUCUCAGAUACUGCCAAACCUCACAUUGCUGCACCUCUAAAAGAGGAAGAUAAGAACUCAGUACCGGCCCCCAAGCUCCCCAAAGCUCAGGCAACGAGUGUGAUUCGUCAUACAGCUGAUGCUCAGCUGUGUAACCACCGCUCCUGCCCCGUGAAAGCAGCCAGCAUCCUCAACUAUCAGGACAAUUCUUUCAGAAGAAGAACCCACCUAAAUGUUGAGGCUACAAGAAAAAACAUACCUUGUGCAGCUGUGUCACCAAAUAGAUCCAAAUGUGAGAGAAACACAGUAGCAGAUGUUGAUGAGAAAGCAAGUGCUGCACUUUAUGAUUUUUCUGGGAAUUCUUCAGAGACAGUCAUCUGUAGAUCUCAGCCAGCCCCUGUGUCCCCACAACAAAAGUCUGUGUUAGUCUCUCCACCUGCAGUAUCAACUGGGGGAGUGCCACCUAUGCCCGUCAUCUGCCAGAUGGUUCCCCUCCCUGCAAACAACCCUGUUGUGACAACAGUUGUUCCCAGCACUCCACCCAGUCAACCUCCAGCUGUCUGCCCUCCUGUUGUGUUCAUGGGCACUCAGGUGCCCAAAGGUGCUGUCAUGUUUGUUGUACCCCAGCCUGUUGUUCAGAACCCAAAACCUCCAGUAGUGAGCCCGAAUGGCACCAGACUCUCUCCCAUUGCCCCUGCUCCUGGGUUUUCCCCUUCAGCAGCAAAAGUCACUCCUCAGAUUGACUCAUCAAGGAUAAGAAGUCACAUCUGUAGCCACCCAGGAUGUGGCAAGACAUACUUUAAAAGUUCUCAUCUGAAGGCCCACAUGAGAACGCAUACAGGAGAAAAGCCUUUUAGCUGUAGCUGGAAAGGUUGUGAAAGGAGGUUUGCCCGUUCAGAUGAACUCUCCAGACAUCGAAGAACCCACACGGGUGAGAAGAAAUUUGCCUGUCCCAUGUGUGACCGGCGUUUCAUGAGGAGUGACCAUUUGACCAAGCAUGCCCGGCGCCAUCUGUCAGCCAAGAAACUGCCAAACUGGCAGAUGGAAGUGAGCAAGUUAAACGACAUUGCCCUACCUCCAACCCCUGCUCCCACACAGUGACAUAUAGGAAGGUGAAGAAUCAGAACUAACUUUGGUCACAGCCAGGAACCAGUGGUUGAUAUAAAAAUUGCUGCCACUGCAGGUUUGUGGCCCUCCAGUGCGGGCUGAAAGCAGAAGCCCCACAGCCUGGGGAGAAGGCCCAGCCUGGGUUAUAGGACAAGAAGUGCUGCAGUCACAGGCAGGUCACAGAGUGGCAGGAUUCAUUUCUUAUCACAUAAGAGAGAUGAGAGCUUUUAUUCCUUUAAAUAUGUUUUGAAGGUUUCAGAUAAGGUCAACACAGGUAGCACAGAUUUUGAAUUUGUGUGCACAAUUUGUUACUUUCACCUUUAUACUUGAGACCAGCUUUCCAAUGUGACUCUUCUAAAGCAUUGGUUUCAAGACUAUAGAGACUGGAAAUAAGCAUUACGGUACAGAGAUGGAGAUGUAAGAUCGGUUUGCAUUACGAUUAUUGUCAUCUUUUCCUAGAGUUAUCUUGUUUACUAUUCCUAGUCUUUCCAGUCAACUUCAUGGAUAUAGUUGUUAAAAUAUAGUUAGAACUAGCAUUUUUACACUAUUUCUGACAUUUGGAAUUGAGCAGCUGUAUAUUGCUAAAGAGGAUCCAAAAGAAUUGGAUUCCUCAUUAAUUUAAUUGCUUUGAAGUGUAGCUAUAAUUUUUUGCAUUUUUGUUUUUGAAAGUUUAACAAAUGACCAUAUCUCGGCAUUUUAUCACGCUUUGAACUUUAGUUUGCUUGCAGUUUCCUUCUGUAGAUUUAAAAGUUGUAUACAAAUGUGUUUUCUAUAGACUCUAAGAUACACUGCACUUUGUUUAGGAAAAAAUUCAAAGAUGAAAAUAUAUAUUGUAAAGAAGGGAUAUCAAGAAUUUAGGUAACUCCUUGAAAAAGAUGGCUUAUGUCAUCAGUAAAGUACCCUUAUGUUAUGAGGAUAUAAUGUGUGCUUUAUUGAACUAGGAAGUUAGCGAUCAUUAUUCACAAGUGGACAAAUGUCCUGUUAAAAUGGAGUUUUGUGGAAUUAGGUGGGUAGAAAAUAAUUAGAACAUUCACUUUUGUUAACAGUAUUUGUUAAUGUUCUGUUGUGUAGUGAAUGAUAUACACAGUGGUAAAACAAAAACAAAUUGUUUAAAAUACACAGUGAAAAAUGUCACCAUCUUUUCAUUUAAUAUUUUUCUCUAUAUUGGAUAUAGAUUCUGCCAUCAAAACUUGGACCCUGGGAAAACAAAAGAAUUUCCUUUUAAUUAAAAAAAAUCCUUGUGAUUUACAAUUUGCACAAUAUUUCUUUUGUUGUACUUUAUAUCUUGUUUACAAUAAAGAAUUUCCUUUG